UCAGAGCUUGGUCCGCAGGCUCACAAAAGGCGCCAUUUUGAAAACAACACAGAAAAUCUAACAUGGUUGUUUUACGCGCCAAAGUGCUAGUUACAGGUGACUCAUGUGUUGGUAAAAGUGCGCUAGUCCAAGUAUUCCAGAGUGAUGGUACACAUUACCCUAAAAACUAUACACAGACAGUUGGAGCAGAGGUUUUGGUAAAACUUGUCAACAUCCCUGAGACAACAGACAGUGUGGAGCUGUUUUUAUAUGAUUCAGCAGGAAAAGAAAUGUUUUCUGACACAGUACAGCAAUAUUGGGAACACCCUAAUCUUGUCAUUGUCGCCUAUGAUGUCAGUAAUGAGCAAUCAUUCAAUGCUUGUAAUAAGUGGUUGGAACGGUGCCGCUCACUGGCCAAAAGUGAUAACAACUUACCAGGUGCUCUGAUUGCCACGAAGACAGACUUGAAGCAAAGGCGUGUCAUUUCUACCAAGCAGGGCAAGGACUAUGCUAACUCUAAGAACUUGGAGUACUUUGAGUGCUCAGCGAAGGAACAUGAAAAUGUGGAAGCUCCAUUCUACUUCUUGGCGAAAGAGUUCCAUCGACUUUACAAGGAGAAGUUAGAGGCCAUGAAAGGAAUGGCAUGAUAGAUGAUAGCAGACUCAAACUUAUUUAAAGAUAGUGUGCACACUUGAAAAUGGUAAAGCAGCUUUAUUGGUAAAAUUCUGAUGAAAUGUCUAGUUGGUAGUAAUUGAAACUACCCUCAUGACUUCACAUGGGAUGAUGCAAGAUUUUUGCCUUAUACAUGUUUCAAGUUUUUGUCAAAAGGUGUUUUUCUGUCAAAUUUGCUGUACAGAACAGCUCUGUUCUUAUUGAAGUUCACUGAUUGUAGAUAACAAAUCACAUCAUUUUAAACCAGGUUUUAGUCCUGUGAUGUAAUCAAGUCUCCUUAAACAAAGGUGUAAUGCUGAUGACUUUGAUCAAUAUCACAAACUCUCCUGUCAUAGUACAUUAAUGCAGCAGACCUUGCUGGAAAUACCUGCUCAAUACUUUGUACAUAGCAAUGAUGCUGUCUUGUACAUAAUAAAGAUGGAUUUGAAAGUG